AUGGCGAAGACAGUUUUAAUCACAGGGUGUAGCGAUGGAGGUCUCGGGGCCGCAAUGGCAAAGGUCUACCGUGCAAAAGGUUUCCACGUCUUCGCAACGCUACGCAACAUAACAAAGGCAGGGUCUUUGCUCGACAUGGACGGUAUAGAAAUUCUUGAACUCGAAGUCACAUCGGUGGAGUCUAUUCGCAAAUGUGCCGAUACCGUUGCGAAAUCCACUGACGGGAGACUGGAUAUCUUGGUGAACAACGCCGGCGUCAACGCUAUCGUGCCCCUUCUUGAUGCAUCUAUCGACGAUGCCAAGAAGGUUUACGAUGCAAACGUUUGGAGUAUUGUUGCUAUGGCGCAAGCCUUUUCGCCCCUGCUGAUUGCGACCAAAGGCACCAUGUGCAAUGUCAGUUCGGUAUCUGGCGAAAUGGUCUUUGCAUGGGCGGCAGCUCUCGGAGUGCCCAGACCCGGCUUUCGGAGACACUGCGCCUCGAGAUGGCCCCCCCUCGGCGUGCGAGUCGUCACGGUCAUCCUUGGUGGUGUUGAAACUAGCGGAAACAAUCCGUUGAAUAUUCCCGACCUUGAAUUACCCUCCAAUUCGCACUAUCAGAAAAUCACCAGCAUCAUCGAUCGCCACAAGAAGACUGAAAUCCACCCGAAUAAGCAGAAUAUCAACACUGCUGCGACCAAUGUGGUCGAGGAUGUGCUUAAGGGCUGCGGUCCUUUUAUUCGACGUGGACAGGCCUCCACUCUGAGUUGGAUCUGCAACACCUUUCUUCCCUAUCGACUCUUUGUUUGGAUGAUCAAUCGGGAUUCGGCAUUGAGUCAAGUCUGA